ACAUUUUUAAUUAAAUUGUUUAAAGUAAAUAAUUCAUACUAGGACAGAUCAAUAAUCAAAUGAUAUUCGAUGUUUUAUGCUCUUAACAAGGUGUAUUAAACUGUGUUCCAGAUUAAAAACUCGCUAUCUUUAUAAAGUUGAAGGCCUAGUCGUAGUUCAAACUUUGUCAACAUGAAGAAAAAGGUACUGUUAAUGGGAAAGAGCGGCUCAGGGAAGACAAGUAUGAGGUCUAUAAUCUUCGCCAACUACAUCGCCAGAGACACCCGACGGCUGGGCGCUACAAUCGACGUGGAGCACUCUCACGUGCGCUUCCUCGGCAACCUGGUGCUCAACCUGUGGGACUGCGGCGGACAGGAAGCCUUCAUGGAAAAUUAUUUCGCUUCCCAAAGGGACAACAUUUUCCGAAAUGUUGAAGUGCUUAUAUAUGUGUUUGAUGUGGAGAGCAGAGAAAUGGAAAAGGACAUGCAUUAUUAUCAGUCUUGCUUGGAAGCUAUUCUUCAGAACUCACCAGAAGCUAGGAUAUUCUGCCUGGUGCACAAAAUGGACUUGAUACCGGAAGAAACAAGGGAGGAAAUAUUUAAAGAGAGAGAAGAGGAUCUGAAGCGACUGUCCAAACCCUUAGAGUGUACCUGUUUCCGGACCAGUAUAUGGGAUGAGACACUAUACAAGGCCUGGUCAAGCAUAGUAUAUAAACUUAUACCUAAUGUAAAAGCGUUAGAGUCGUCAUUGAAACAGUUUGCCUCAAUUGUGGAUGCUGACGAGGUGCUGCUCUUCGAGCGCGCGACGUUCCUGGUGGUGUCGCACUGCCAGCGGCGCGCGCACCGCGACGCGCACCGCUUCGAGAAGGUCUCCAACAUCGUCAAGCAGUUCAAGCUCUCCUGCUCCAAGCUCGCCGCGCAGUUCCAGAGCAUGGAGGUCCGCAACAGCGUGUUCGCGGCGUUCAUCGACGGCUUCACGAGCAACACGUACGUGAUGGUGGAGAUGUCUGACCCGCGCAUCCCGUCCGAGGCCACGCUCAUCAACAUCCGCAACGCGCGCAAGCACUUCGAGAAGCUCGAGAAGGUCUCCUCCAGCGCGCCGCCGCACUACCAGUGACGCGCGCCGCUCGUGCGACUCCGAGGCGGCAGGUUUACCCACUCUGCUGGGGCACGCUCCCUGCACACACUAUUAAUGGCAUACCCUCUACAUAUUCGGUGGCAUACGCUCUACUAUAGUAUGACGGUUCAUUUGACGUUAUCUAUUUCCUCACCUUGCAGCGAAGGCUGUUAACCUAACGUGAACACUGAACAAGUUCGUGAACUAUUUGUCUCUCGUAUCGAGUUUAUUUUGAGCACUAGACAAGAUAUCGUAGUCUGAUGAGUUCUAAAAAUCCUAGGGAUUUACUUAUACCGCUACCAAAUAUCACAAAUACAAAUAACUUUAUUUUGCUGAAAUAUGGUACAAGGAUUUGCAAAGCUUGACUCGGUGGCCAGUUAUAUCCGGAACACCACAUCCUCUGUAGGUAGAAGUACAUAUUACUUACCAUAUUCUUACACAAAAACAUAAAAGAAAAAAAACUUGACCUGCUCCAUAUUUUCACGUCAAUUAAAUGAUUAUUUCCUACUCUUAUCGUGACACUGUAAACGUUAUGUAAAGACACUAUAACCCUAUUUAUUUCUGCAUAUUCUUUCAUUCUUUGGCAUUACUAAUUUACGAAUAUUAGUUAUUUAUUCUCUUAUAGAUUUAUAAUGACAAUUUGAUACAAAAUGAAAUCUUAAUUUUAUAUUUAGCUCAAUCUUUUAAGUAUAUUUUAGGUUAAUUCAAAUACUAACACAUUGUACAGCCAUUGAUAAUGGUAUUUUCUCACUUUAUCUGAAAUGAUGUCAAUAUUCUCUAUUUAUAUAUUAUACGACCCAAUCCUCCCGAUUAAAUGCAGAAAACAUUAAAACCACUAACUAGAACCUGCUUGCUGUGCCCGCGCCGGUACUGAACGGACCUUGAACGUCCGGUACGUUCGAGGUACUGAUGUACGCCACACAAGCUAGAGGCAAGGCACGUAUGGUUGACGCACAAAUACCCUACCUACCUAAAAAAACACAAUAUAAUAGCUUAAGAGGCCAGAGUCGCUAGACCUUCCUCUUAUUAACAAGGAUGAAACUUUGUGAUAAUGUGAGACUUCUUAUUUUUUUGUUUAAUGUAUAUUAGCUACCGGCCGCUACCCGCUAAUAGGCCGAACCUGCAUUAUAGACUACACGUCCCUCCCUCUAAUGAUUAAUACAAUAGUAAUUAGCAAGACGAAGUGUAUCACUCGGGCGAGAUACUGUCGCGCCAAUCGUGUGCUAGGCUUACUGGAAACGGUUUUAACCGAUUAUUUGCAUUCCCUACGGUGAACCCCAAAGAUGUAUAGUGCGUGACCUAUGGGACCUUAAAAUAGGAAAUCUAAAUACCCAUAGAGAUAAAUAUCAAAAAGUAACAGGUAACCACUCUUGAGAAUACUGAUGGACAUACAAAUUAUAAAGGAAAAUAUCGAUUUAGGACUCAGGUUUAGUUUAUCCGUAGUAUGUAUAAGAACAGUAUGUGCAUGAUAUGCAACUAAGUUACUGAUGUUCUGCCCAUUCAGAUCUAUUGUUAAGAGCCUUAAUUUAAUUAUUGCCCUCAUAAACAUAACAACGUAUUGAAGUUUACAUACUCGCCCACAUCAAUGGACAUACAUAACAUAACGUCAGGUUGUAAAUAUUGUAGGGGAAAGCAGAGCACAUGAAACUGCGGAAGUGUCAGUGCCACUCUUAGCAAUUGAUAGAUUGAAAUAAAACGAAAAAGGGAUAUCGCAGUGAGAGGAUGCUAGCUCAUCGCCCACACCACAAUUGAACGGUCCCAUAUCCCACCUAGUCGGCUUCUACAACACCCCAAGGAAGAAAGGGGAUGGUGAAAUUCUUAGGGAACAUACCCAAACUACGUGACCAUGUUUGUGCCGUUUUUUGCGUUAUAAAUGAAGUUUUUAAUCGAUUUUUGCAGAAAGUUGGCAAUAAAUAUUCGUGUGUCAAUUUAAUAUUUUUACAAUGGCCUUUAAACAAUGAUUUUCAUCCCAUAACCUGCAUCAUCAUCACCAGCCUAUAUAUGCGUCCCACUGCUGGCCACGGCUGGGCCAAUAUCCCCCUCUGUGACCAAGCGUAGUUUUUUGACGACCCCCCUCCCCCCGUGUCACGUAAUUUGGGUACGUUCCCUUAGCCCGUCAUCACAUAGUACUUAAUGGAGUUUCAUAAAAACUCAUAAUAAUGACAAGUAUUUUUACAAAUGGGUAGUGUUUCUUAAAAUAUUUUACAUCACAUUUUCUGAGAAAUACAGGUAAUGAACAGACACGUCAAGACUGGUUGCCCCUUUGUAUUGCUAAUAAAGUACCUGAGUGUUUUAUCUUGACGCGAAGUCAUCAAAACGAGAACCCGCCCUUGAAUUGAUUGAAAAUCUUCUAGACAGUUAUUAAAUUUUUCAAACCAAAAAUGUAUCAAUUAGUACCUAUUUUAGUAGAAUGUUUUUGUUAAAAUAAGUUUAUUAUUGCCUAUUGAUUGACGAUUUGACAUCCCUAAAAUAAUAUAGCAGUCUGCAUGAUACGAUGCUCGAUGUGGGAUGGAUGAAUAAGGUAUAUGUGUAGUAAACAUUAUUUACUUUUAUACGCGCUUGUUGCUAAAAGAUUCUUAAGUUUAUAUAACUUGUUGGGAUUUUUGCUAAAAGGCGCUAAUAAAAUUAUAUUGACUAGGCAGGUAAGUACCUAUGGUCGCGCGAUAAAUGAUAAAAUAUCUGGCCGUCCCUAUCACACUUACGAAUAGUGCCUGGACGACCAGAUGGUUUAUCAUUUAUCGCGCGACCAUGCGUGCCUGCUUGGACACAUUUUGUAAAAACCUAUCACGGCGAAAUAUUCCUAUGAUAGUACCUUCAAGUAACUAUUAAUUAUGCUUUUAAAUUUUUUUGGUACCCACUUUGACGUUUCAUAUUAAAAAAUUUGAUGUUCCUAUAUGAACAAAAUGUCGACAAAAUAUUUUACGGGUAAAUUACUCCAUAUAAAACUGAACUGUCAGUGUGUUAGAGAUCAUCAUACGUCGGGAUAGGUUAUUUGACCGUUAUAAUUGUAUAAGACAAGCUUGAGUAUAUGGGCAAGCGCAGCCGAGCCAGGUGCAGGCAGAUCAUCACCCAUACAAUUUGAUCGCCGUGUGCGAGCCAGGCCGCCGGCCGUGCGACUCUUACAAUAAAAUCAAACCUUGUUACAGCUCACUUUCAUUAUGCUAAUCCGGCUCCCGGCCAGUGUUCCCGCAUGCGAUCUGUUGUACCUAUUGUGUAAGUUAUUAUUUUAUUACUGGAAUAAUAUAUGAAAUGUUUAAUAA